AGGAACUGUACCCUGUGCCUGACCGCUCCAGAGGGCCUUCAGGGCAGUAAGAAUUCAGUGCAAGGUUGGUAGGAGGGGAGCACUGGAGCCAUUUCCUCUUUGAUGCCCAGAUACGCCCAGCUAGGAGCCCGCUCCUCUGCUCACCGUCUCCCACCAAGAGCAGGCCUGCAGCACGUGGGGACCAAGAUCACAGCUUUGUUUGUUCGUCGUGGCCGCCCCCUGCCAUCUGCGGGCAUGGCCUCUGCCAGCAACUGAGCACUGCCCGCGCUGCGAGGAGCACCAGCAUGGUUUGCCCCGUUGGCGGCCCUCAGCCCUCCCGCUGCUGAAGCCGCCCCAGAGAGGCCUGUGGGGGUCGCUCUGCCCAUGCCCACCCAGGCCGUGGGGCCAGGGGCCUGCCAGGGCUAGGAGUGGGCUUGCCGCCCAUGGAUCUCUAGGGACUCCGAGAUGCCUGGGAAGAGGGGCUGGGGCUGGUGGUGGGCCCGCCUGCCCUUCUGCCUUCUCCUCAGCCUUUAUGGGCCUUGGGUGCCUUCCUCUCUGGGGAAGCCCAAGGGCCACCCCCACAUGAAUUCUAUCCGCAUAGAUGGGGAUAUCACCCUGGGAGGCCUGUUCCCAGUGCACGGCCGGGGCUCAGAGGGCAAGGCCUGCGGAGAACUUAAGAAGGAGAAGGGCAUCCACCGGCUGGAGGCCAUGCUCUUUGCUCUGGACCGCAUCAACAACGACCCGGACCUGCUGCCCAACAUCACGCUGGGCGCCCGCAUUCUGGACACCUGCUCGCGGGACACCCACGCCCUCGAGCAGUCGCUGACCUUUGUGCAGGCGCUCAUCGAGAAGGACGGCACGGAGGUCCGCUGUGGCAGUGGCGGCCCACCCAUCAUCACCAAGCCGGAGCGCGUGGUGGGCGUCAUCGGCGCUUCGGGGAGCUCAGUCUCCAUCAUGGUGGCCAACAUCCUCCGUCUCUUCAAGAUCCCCCAGAUCAGCUACGCCUCCACAGCCCCCGACUUGAGCGACAACAGCCGCUACGACUUCUUCUCCCGAGUGGUGCCCUCGGACACGUACCAGGCCCAGGCCAUGGUGGACAUCGUCCGCGCCCUCAAGUGGAACUACGUGUCCACGUUGGCCUCAGAGGGCAGCUACGGCGAGAGCGGCGUGGAGGCCUUCAUCCAGAAGUCCCGAGAGGACGGGGGCGUGUGCAUCGCCCAGUCGGUGAAGAUACCGCGGGAGCCCAAGCCGGGGGAGUUUGACAAGAUCAUCCGGCGCCUCCUGGAGACCUCGAAUGCCAGGGGAGUCAUCAUCUUUGCCAAUGAGGAUGACAUCAGGCGUGUGCUGGAGGCAGCACGGAAGGCCAACCAGACGGGCCACUUCUUCUGGAUGGGCUCGGACAGCUGGGGCUCCAAGAUCGCACCUGUGCUGCACCUGGAGGAGGUGGCCGAGGGCGCUGUCACUAUCCUCCCGAAGAGGAUGUCCGUGCGAGGCUUUGACCGCUACUUCUCCAGCCGCACGCUGGACAACAACCGGCGCAACAUCUGGUUCGCCGAGUUCUGGGAAGACAACUUCCACUGCAAGCUGAGCCGCCAUGCGCUCAAGAAGGGCAGCCACGUCAAGAAGUGCACCAACCGCGAGCGCAUCGGGCAGGACUCGGCGUAUGAGCAGGAGGGAAAGGUGCAGUUUGUGAUUGACGCCGUGUACGCCAUGGGCCACGCGCUGCAUGCCAUGCACCGGGACCUGUGUCCGGGCCGUGUGGGGCUCUGCCCGCGCAUGGACCCCGUGGAUGGCUCCCAGCUGCUCAAGUACAUCCGCAGUGUCAACUUCUCAGGCAUCGCAGGGAACCCCGUGACCUUCAACGAGAAUGGAGAUGCGCCUGGGCGCUACGACAUCUACCAGUACCAGCUGCGCAACGGGUCUGCUGAGUACAGGGUGAUCGGCUCCUGGACUGACCACCUACACCUAAGAAUAGAGCGGAUGCUGUGGCCGGGCAGCGGGCAGCUGUCGCCCCGCUCCAUCUGCAGCCUGCCCUGCCAGCCGGGUGAGCGGAAGAAGACGGUGAAGGGCAUGCCCUGCUGCUGGCACUGCGAGCCCUGCACUGGCUACCAGUACCAGGUGGACCGCUACACUUGUAAGACCUGUCCCUACGACAUGCGGCCCACGGAGAACCGCACUGGCUGCCGGCCCAUCCCCAUCAUCAAGCUUGAGUGGGACUCACCCUGGGCCGUGCUGCCCCUCUUCCUGGCUGUGGUGGGCAUCGCGGCCACGCUCUUCGUGGUGGUCACCUUUGUGCGCUACAACGACACGCCGAUCGUCAAGGCCUCCGGCCGAGAGCUGAGCUACGUGCUGCUGGCGGGCAUCUUCCUGUGCUAUGCCACCACCUUCCUCAUGAUCGCGGAGCCUGACCUGGGGACCUGCUCUCUGCGCCGCAUCUUCCUGGGGCUCGGCAUGAGCGUCAGCUACGCGGCCCUGCUCACCAAGACCAACCGCAUCUACCGCAUCUUCGAGCAGGGCAAGCGGUCAGUCAGCGCCCCGCGCUUCAUCAGCCCCGCCUCACAGCUGGCCAUCACCUUCAGCCUCAUCUCGCUGCAGCUGCUGGGCAUCUGUGUGUGGUUCGUGGUGGACCCCUCCCACUCAGUGGUGGACUUCCAGGACCAGCGGACGCUUGACCCCCGCUUUGCCAGGGGUGUGCUCAAGUGCGACAUCUCAGACCUGUCGCUCAUCUGCCUGCUGGGCUACAGCAUGCUACUCAUGGUCACGUGCACGGUGUACGCCAUCAAGACACGCGGUGUGCCGGAGACCUUCAACGAGGCCAAGCCCAUCGGCUUCACCAUGUACACCACCUGCAUUGUCUGGCUGGCCUUCAUCCCUAUCUUCUUCGGCACCUCACAGUCGGCAGACAAGCUGUACAUCCAGACGACCACGCUGACCGUGUCGGUGAGUCUGAGCGCCUCCGUGUCCCUGGGGAUGCUCUACAUGCCCAAAGUCUACAUCAUCCUCUUCCACCCGGAGCAGAACGUGCCCAAGCGCAAGCGCAGCCUCAAAGCCGUCGUCACCGCGGCCACCAUGUCCAACAAGUUCACGCAAAAGGGCGGCUUCCGGCCCAACGGCGAGGCCAAGUCUGAGCUUUGCGACAACCUGGAGGCUCCAGUGCUGACCACCAAACAGACCUACGUCACCUACACCAACCAUGCAAUCUAGCCAGCCUGCCAGAGCCGGACAGGAGGAGGAACUGAGACCCUUGUGGAGACCCUCGUGGAUGGCGCGUCGAGCCAGGGCCGCCCUCCCAGGGGCCCAGCUGGUGUCCUGCAUACCCGUGGCCACCCACGGAUGUGGUUUGGUGCUGAGGACGGCAGAACCCCAGCGGUCACUGCUGGGUAGCCUGCACAAGCUGCAAGGGGGCAGCAGGAGGAGGGUGCGGGGCUGGGGCAGCCACAGCCCCUCUGGAGCCUGCGUCUGGGACCAGGGCCUCUCCCGGCCCCAAGUCACGGGGCCGGGUCGUGGGGGCCUCAAGCUGAUUUUUUUUCUUUCUCCCUCUGUCUCUGCCGACCCCUGGGUGACCUUCUCAGUCGUCCCCACUGUGUCUUUAUUUUCCCUUAUCUUUCUGUACUGCCUUCUUUUCUCUCUGCCUUCACCCAUCUGUGUGCUCUGCUUUCUGUUUGUUUGUUUGUUUUUUUCUGACCCUGCCUUCUCUUACGAACUCUGUCUCCAGGUCCCUGGUGCGUUUUCCUUUCCUGUCCUCACCCCUCCCCAUCUUCAUUUACAGCCGCCUCCGCCCUGCCCUCCCCGCCACCUCUCCCAAGUCACUGAAUCUUACAUGUCACAAAAGAGAAAAAAGGAAAAAAAUUGAAACUGAAAAAAGCCAAACAAAAACAAACCUGGAGUCGUCACUGAGCGCCGCGUCCUCCAGGUGGCCUCUGCGCCCCCAUUGCCUGCAGCCCGCCCGCCCGCCGUCUGCCGUGCGUCCUGCCCGCCUGCCCCUCCUGCGAUGACUCGGAGUUCAGUGCCUGGGUGUUUGGUGAUGGUCAGUGAUGACAAUGUGUAGCGCAUGAUUGUUUUUAU